AUGAAUAGCUAUGAUAUAAUUUCAAUUCGACAAUAUCAGGACUCUGAUGAUUACUGUAAUAGCCUCGCUACAAUUGCUCAAACUUUAAAAGUAACUUUCCUUGUGUUCAAUAAUGUUCUAUUUUCAUUAUUGAUUCUCUAUAAACUUCGAAAGUCGAAAGAUGUUCAAGAUCAAAACUUCCACGAGCCGAUAUUCAAUCAAUUAUUCUAUAACUCUGCUGCAUUUCUCGUCCUGAAUAAUAUUAUUGUUUUUUCAAGCUUUUUUUGGGAUCUUUCCGAUGAAGCCACAGCUCUGACGUAUUUAACAGCAGCAAUCAUUUCAAUCGAAGUUUUUCUCGAAUGUUCCUGCAGUAUAUUGUUUGCAAUCAUCACAUUGUUUUCGUUUCUGGCAUCCAUUCAAAGAAUUAUUAUGAUUUAUUUUUCUGAUUACAAAUGGAUAGUUACUGGAAAUUGGCUAAAGUAUCAAAUAUUGUUAGUGUAUGCGUCUCUCAUCCAUUAUUCGUACAUUACAGUGAAAUGUUUUCCAUCGAUCGGAAACAUAAUAUGCUCAACAGAUGAGACAAAACGAAUCUAUUAUGCUUACAACACUGUUUUCCUUGUGAUGUCUCUGAUAAGCGGUGCAAUUUAUUUUCAUAUUUGGAGAAUUUUCCGGAAACUCAAAACAGGGGACAAUGGAACUUAUUUGUUGUAUCAAUUCGUACCAAUCCAUACAAUGUUGUUGAUCCACAGUUUAGCACAAUCCAUCGGAGAGUUAUUGGAUGAAACGCUAGAAAUUCAAGAAAGUCACACCAUCAGUCUGUAUUCAAACUUUAUUUUUGUACCGAAUAUUCCAGCUGUUGUGUCUUUAUCUUAUAUUUACGAUAGAGCGCGUGUUCAUAAACUGGGCGAAUCGCCCUACAAAUGGGCACUUCGCCCUGCCCCACCACUCCUCCUUUCUCAAUUCUUCGACCUAACCGUCGCCCAACCCUCGCCCACUGGGCACUUCGCCCAAAACGCCGCGGAUUCGCCCUAA